CGCUGCACGCUGAGCAGCCGGGUGGCCGAGGCAGCGCGGGCCGGCUGCUCCCCAGGCAUCCUCCUGCGGCCCCUGAGGGGCGAGGGCGAAGGUGAGGCGGAGCGGGGCCGAAACCAUGAACCGGAGUUUCCACCGGUCCCAGACCCUGCGCUUCCCCGACUGCGGCGCGGUCGAAGUCAAGAGCAAGUUUGGGGCUGAAUUCCGAAGGUUCUCCUUGGAUCGUCACAAGCCUGGGAAGUUUGAAGAUUUCUAUCAGCUGGUCGUGCACACCCACCACAUCUCCAACGCGGAGGUGACCAUCGGCUACGCGGACGUGCACGGGGACCUGCUGCCCAUCAACAACGACGACAACUUCUGCAAGGCGGUCUCGAGCGCCAGCCCGCUGCUCAGAGUCUUCAUCCAGAAGCGAGAAGAGGCCGAGCACGACAGCUUCGGGCCCGGCUCGCUGCCGAGGAAGAAGAAGGUGCUGGUGUCGCUGCGGGACGAGGGCCGGCGGCGGGCGCAGCUGCGCAUCGGCUCGCCCCACGACUUCCGCCCCGUGUCCUCCGUCAUCGACGUGGACAUCCUGCCCGAGACGCACCGCAGGGUGCGGCUGUACAGGCACGGCUGCGAGAAGCCGCUGGGCUUCUACAUCCGGGACGGGGCCAGCGUGCGCGUGACGCCGCACGGGCUGGAGAAGGUCCCGGGCAUCUUCAUCUCCCGCAUGGUGCCCGGGGGCCUCGCCGAGAGCACGGGGCUGCUGGCCGUGAACGACGAGGUGCUGGAGGUGAACGGCAUCGAGGUGGCCGGGAAGACGCUGGACCAGGUCACGGACAUGAUGAUCGCCAACAGCCACAACCUCAUCGUCACCGUCAAGCCCGCCAACCAGAGGAACAACGUGGUCCGCGGCAGCCGCGCGUCCGGCAGCUCCGGCCAGUCCUCGGACAGCGCCGCCAGCCACCACGGCCUGCCGGCCGCCCAUGUCCUGCAGAACUUCCACCCCGACGAGAUGGAGAGCGACGAGGAGGCCGACAUCGUCAUCGAGGGCGCCCUGGAGCCCCCGCACCGCAAGGCGCAGGGCCCGCCCGCGGGCAGCCUGUCCCGGGCCAACGGCACCAGCCUGGCGCACCGGCUGCACCGGGACCUGGCCCUGAGCGGCUCCGGACGAGAGAGCAUCCACAAACUGCUCAGCUCCCUGAAGGUGGACCCCCGCCACAGCCUGGCCUUCCCCCAGGGCGGGGUGGAGGAGCACGGGCCCGCCGUGACCCUCUAGGCCUAGCUGACCACACCGGGCUGACAGCUGCCCAGGAGAGACGUUUUUAACUUUUUAUGCCAAUUUUAAAAAAGAAUAAUUGUAUACUUCACACCUUCCUACGCUAUUUCAAUACUAUUUUUAUAGCAUUUCCCUACAGAACUUGCCACAAACACGCGUGUACACACACGCACACGCCAGCCGAGUGCAGCUCUGGCAUCUUUGCCAAGGGACUGAGGAGGUCGACACAGAGUUCCUUUUUUAAGAUGAAGCUUUAAAAUUGCUUUUUUAGAAUGGUCAAAUCCAUGUUUCCAACUUCACUGGUACAGAGACCCCCGGUGGUGGGCGGUGUGGCACGGCGUGUCCCGGGGCUCCCACCAGCUGCAGGCGUCGGGGUGGCCGAGGGGCAGCGGGCACCAGGGACGGGGUUUUGGAGAAGGAACACGGCCUCGCCUGUCACGGGGGAGGGGGGGUCGCCCACUGUUCCAGUGCGGGGAGGGCCCGGGGCUGCCCUCCGGGGGAAGUGUGGACGGGCGUCCGGAAGGCUGUGUGCUCACCAGCGGGCAGUCGGGGGGAGCUCCUGUUCUUUCACUGUUAACAGGUCACGUGGGACUUUAUUUUUUAACAAAUAUUAAAUUUAUUGUCACUUCUCUUUGAUCUUACAUUUACAUACUAAGUGAUUUUAAACAUUCCUGUUUGAUCAAAUUAAGUUUUUUACAGUGUUUUCUGUUUGGAUAAAUGUCAGGGAGAAAAGUUACUUUUAUACUUUGAGAACUAACCUUUGACCAAAUAAAUCUUUGCUAUAAAUACAGGUAAAAAUAUUUCUGUAGGUCACUGGGCCAGCUCUGCCUGUGGCUGCGCCCUGUGGCGCAGUGCCACCUGCUGGUCAGUGGCAGGACUAGCCUGGUUUCGUGCCACAGGGACCUGAACCUGUCCUGGGCCCUCGGGAAGCUGUCUCUCGGGCAGAGUAGCUUUGCUGAGUCCCCGUGGUCUCUGCACAGGUGUGAUGCAGUCUGAGCGCGCAGGGAAGACCAGAGCUGCCCCCUUCAGGUCUCGGCGAGGACCCUAGCCCCCUGCUUUGGGCUCUGAGUGGUGCAGGACCCCCGUGGAGGCCGGCGGGCGGGGCUUUUGCCAGCAUGAGUUCCCAUCCUUAGCUGAGGGGCUGCAGGUUCUGGACGCCUGACAGGGACCUGGGACACAGCUGCUCCUUCCAUGCGUGAGUCGUUAACAAAUGUGAAUCGUUUUUUAAAGAAGCAGAGAGGCUCGCCCUGAAGUCCCCGUGCUGCUGGCCAGGAUUUUAGUUUCGAGCUGCUGGGAGCUCCUCGAGUGUAUUUUUCUACCCAAGUCUGUAUUUCUCCCACUAUCUUUUUUUCUUUAAAAAAAAAAAAAAAAAAAAAACUGUUGGCCGGCGCCGUGGCUCAGUAGGCUAAUCCUCCGCCUUGCGGCGCCGGCACACCGGGUUCUAGUCCCGGUCGGGGCACCGAUCCUGUCCCGGUUGCCCCUCUUCCAGGCCAGCUCUCUGCUAUGGCCCGGGAGUGCAGUGGAGGAUGGCCCAAGUGCUUGGGCCCUGCAUCCCAUGGAAGACCAGGAGAAGCACCUGGCUCCUGCCAUUGGAUCAGCGCGGUGCGCCGGCCGCAGUGCGCCUACCGCGGCGGCCAUUGGAGGGUGAACCAAUGGCAAAAGGAAGACCUUUCUCUCUCUCUCUCACUGUCCACUCUGCCCGUCAAAAACUAAAAAAUAAAUAAAUAAAAAAAAAACCUGUUGUAUACUAAAGUGUUUUAUAUGUCAGAAUAAAAGCUCUUGUACUUCUGGGUUAAUAACUGCACUCCUGAUGUACAUCAGUGUGCUCUCCGUAAAGGAAGCAUGAGACACACACACACACACACACACCCGAGCACGACUCUGC